AUGAAUGCAACAACAUCACAAAAUCUCGAAGCUUUAGUGUAUAAUGAUGUUCCAGUGAAUGUAUACAUAUGGGACAUGGACGAGAUUCUUAUCUUACUUAGAUCUCUGUUGAAUGGGACCUACGCUGAGUUUUUCAAUGGCUCUAAAGAUGUUAAAAGAGGUGUUGAGAUUGGUGUUGAUUUCAAGAUGAAACAAUUGACAGUAGGAGACAAAAGACUGAAACUCACAAUCUGGGACACAGUUUAUGAUGUGACGAGAAGAGAGACAUUUACCAACUUAGUAGAUGUGUGGAGUAAGGAGAUUGAGCUUUAUUCCACUAAUCAAGAUUGCGUUACAAUGCUUGUUGGGAACAAAGUCGAUAGAGAAUCUGAGAGAGGAGUUAGCAGAGAAGAAGGGAUUGCGCUAGCGAAAGAGGUCAAGUGUAUGUUUCUUGAUUUUAGUGCUAGAACUCGAAAAAACGUAGAGCAGUGUUUCGAGUAG